UUUGUUGAAAUUGACAGUAAAAUGGCAUCCACAGUUGAAACAAAAGAAAUCGUAGGUGACUUGUCAGCCGGAGAAGCAAAAUUGUACGACAGACAGCUCCGACUAUGGGGAGUGGAGGCACAACAGAAACUACGUGCGACCAAUGUACUCAUAGCCGGGUUGGACGCUCUGGGUGCAGAAGUGGGUAAAAAUGUUGUUCUGACAGGUGUCAAUUCAGUUACAUUACUAGACCAUCGCAACUUGACCUCAAAAGACCUCCCGGGUCAGUUCAUGGCUCCAUGUGACGCAAAUGGCCAAAAUAGAGCGACAGCAAGCAUUGAAAGGCUUUCUUCUUUGAACCCUAAUGUUAAAGUGAGCUCUGUCGAAAAGAAUUUGUCAGACGUUGAGGAUGAAUUUUUCAAUGCGUUCAGUAUUGUAUGCGUGAUUGACUAUCCUCUUGAAAUCGUGAAUAAAGUCGAUAUAAUUUGCAAGUCGAAAGGGAUUCUUUUUUUAAGUGCAGACACGUUUGGCUCCUUUGGCUACAUGUUUACUGACUUGGGCGAGAGUUUUAAAUGUCAUUCAGAGCACUCGAAGCGAGAAAAAGACGGAUCAGAGACGAAAACAGUCCAGCAUCAUGAAGUGUCGUUCAAGAGUUUCCAGGAAGCUGUUCCGUUUGGGAAGUUUGCAAGUGCGGAUUGUCUGGGUCAGAAGCAGAAGACGAACAAAGUGUUCCUUCUUUCACUGCUAAAGGACGACUUGGUAACGUCCAAUUUGAAAGCAGACGACCUUGAACUUCUAGUAGACCGACUGGCGGAUUUGGGAACCAAGUACAAUCUGGCCCCGGAUUGUCUCCCUUUUUCCCUUCUAGCAGACGCCGCCUUUGACCAGAUGAAGGGCAGGGCGGAAGUAGCGGCUGUGUUGGGAGGGGUCAUAGGUCAAGAGAUCAUCAAGAUUGCCUCGAGGAAUGACAAGCCAUUCAACAACUUCUUUUCCUACAAUGCAGUCAAUUGUGUGGCUAAUGUGGUCACGCUGUGAUUUUUAAAUACUGUUUAGAUUACUCAGAGUAAAAUACUGUUUAAGCGUCGUGAAGAUGCUAUUGAGUUAAACUGCUAUCAAGAUGUUAGAAUUUGUUGAUGUUGUUUAAGUUAGUUGUUGCAUUUGCAUUAAUCUGUACUGAUUUUGAAAAAAAAAGGUUUGAAGCUGA